AUAAUGCUUGCUCAAAGUCACUCACUCUUCCCACCUUACAGGCUCAAAUCAAAUCUACAAAACUGUUGUAAUAAAACAAAACACAAUCCAGGUACACAAAUUUCUCCAAAACCAAACUCCUGUUCCUUACAUCGUCCUUUGUCUUUUGACUCUUUUCUCUGCCACUCUCUCUCUUUUUUUUCAUCCAACAUAAAAAACAAAACUUUAGCACUAGAUGAUGGAAUAUUCAACAAAAGUUUAAACAUUUUUCUGCGUCUUCAAUCAAAUCUAGUUGCAUUUCAAUAAAAAGUUUCAAUCUUUUUUCUGUUUCUCUCUGACCCUUCAACAUGGGUAGAAGUUUUGAGCCAUUUCAAGGUGACAACACCUUUAUGAUUCCAUCACCAUUAGAACAACCACCAUAUUAUUUUCAACCUCACCCACCAUUUCCACCUAUCACAGUUUCUACUCUAAGAUCUAAUAAUAAUAGUAAUUUCAGUUUUAACAAUAGCACCUUAAAGGUUAGUCCAGGUAUUCUUAUAAUCAUUACAAUUUUAGCUAUUGUUUUCUUCAUUUCUGGUUUGCUUCAUCUCUUAGUUAGAUUUCUAUGGAGACCUCAGAGUAGAGACCCUGAUGAAUUGGAUGAUGUUACUGCUCUUCAAGGGCAAUUGCAACAGCUUUUUCAUCUUCAUGAUGCUGGUGUUGACCAAUCAUUCAUUGAUACACUUCCUGUGUUUCUUUACAAAACUAUUAUAGGAUUGAAAGUGAACCCUUUUGAUUGUGCUGUUUGUUUGUGUGAAUUUGAGCAUGAAGAUAAGCUUAGGUUGUUGCCAAAAUGUAGCCAUGCUUUUCAUAUGGAGUGUAUUGAUACAUGGCUUUUGUCUCACUCUACUUGUCCUCUUUGUAGAGCUAAUUUGCUCCAUGAUUUCAACACAAACAAUUGUGGUUCUCCUUUGGUUCUUGUUCUAGAAUCUGGUAGUGAUACUUCAAGGGAAAUUGUUCCAGAAAGAGAGGCUGCAAUUUCUACAGGUAGUGUUGUUGGUAGGACUAGUUCAGUUAGGACAUCAAAUUCUCAUCUUGGUUGUUGCGGAGACGGUGAAAUCGGAGGUGAUUUGGCUUUGGUUGAAAACGUUCCUGAUCCAAAAGUUGAAGUUGGAGGAGAUGGUGUGGAGAAAGUUGUUACUGUUAAGCUUGGAAAGUAUAGGAAUGUUGAUGGUGGAGGGGAAGGAAGUAGCAGCAACAAUGUGGAUAACAGAAGGUGUUUUUCAAUGGGAUCAUUUGCUUAUAUUAUGGAUGAAACUUCAUCAUUGCAGGUACCAAUUAGAACUCCAAUAAAGCAGCAAUUGAGCAAGAAGAAGAAGAAUGUUUUACCUUUGAUUCCAGGUCAUAGGAUUGCAAUGUCAGAAUGUGAUUGUGAAUCUAGAAGAGAUUUCAAAUUUGCAAGCUUUGAUUCAGCCAGAGCUGAGGAUGUUGUUAAAGGUAGUACUAGUGAGGGUGCUGGUAUUGGAAGGAGUAGAAAGGAGAGUUUUUCUAUAUCAAAGAUUUGGCUUAGAGGAAAAAAAGAUAAGAAAAAUGGUGAUGUAACUGAUUCAUCUAGAAGAGCUGUUUCAUUUAGGUUUCCAUUACAAAGCAAUGUUGGUAGUGGUAAUGAUGAUUUGAAGGGUAAGAAUGGCAUGUUUCAUACAAGGAGUACUGUUUCUGAGAUGGAUUUUGGAAAAUGGGAAAAUGGAGGAGGAAGUGAAUUUAGUGGAUAUGAUGAGGAAAAUCAAAGCUGCUAUAGUAUGGAUUCUCAAGCUAGAGCACCUUCAUUUGCUAGAAGGACUUUGCUUUGGCUCACUGGAAAACAAAAUAAGGUUGUUCAUUCAUCAACUACUUCAACCCUCUAGUUCUUAUCUUUCUAUUAUCUUACAAUUGUAGAAUAUAGAUUUAUUAAACUAGAUUUUUAGUGGUAGAAAGGUGCAGGAGGAAAAAAAAUAUAUGAUUAGUUUGUGGGAUUUGAAUACAUCAGAGUUCUACAUGAAUUUUUUCUGUUCCAUUGAGUAUGAGUCCACCUUAGUGGAGGUGAAAACAAUGUUAAGAGAUUCUUUUGUUCACCUAGCCUAUGUUUGUUUUUGCUGUGGAUUGGGUUAUCGCGGCGUGCGCUCAUUGAAAUCUUCAAUUUGAUGCGAGAAAAAUGUAUCAACGAUACUAAACAUACAUUUCAAUUUCAGUUUUCAUUUGAUA